CGAUGAUGAUUUAAUAGCGACUAUCGGCAACGCCAUCUACUGCAGCGCCGAUCUCAUUCCCGGCCUCCGAUUGGACAGCGAUUGCGAUACACCCUGACUGGGGGAGAGAGGGAGGGAGAGGGAGAGAGACGCUCCCUAUUUGAAGUGCACACAUAUAUAUAUUUUUUGUUCCCCCUCCUCCGAUGGAUGAACAAUGGAGAAGCCGUCAGCCGAAAUUUCUGGCGACCCUCCUCUUUUCCCACGCGCAGCAUCAUUGUUGACGAUGCUCUCGCUGCUGUUGUUGUUUUUGUUGUUGUGUGGGAGGCCAGGGACGGGCCUGAAGCGCCGCUAGAAAAGCGCACUCGUCUUGCUUGCCGGUCCUUGCUUCUUGUCCUCUCCGGAGCGAGCAGAUGUGCGCGGAGACAUGGUGACGCUCCCGGCUUUGGCGCACUACUGGCCUCUGGUGCGGUUCCUCGUGCCGCUGGCCAUCACCAACAUCGCCAUCGACCUCGGCGAACAGGCUUUAAACAGAGGGAUCGCAACAGUCAAAAAGGAUGCAGUGGAAAUGCUGGCCAGUUACGGUCUGGCCUAUUCCCUGAUGAAGUUCUUCACCGGGCCUAUGAGCGAUUUCAAGAACGUGGGAUUGGUGUUCGUCAACAGUAAACGCGACCGGAUCAAAGCCGUCUUGUGCAUGGUCGCCGCCGGAACUAUAGCCAUCAUCUUCCACACGCUGAUAGCCUAUACAGACCUCGGCUACUACAUCAUUAACAAACUGCACCAUGUGGACGACUCGGUGGGCAAUAAGACCAGGAAGGCUUUUCUUUACCUGGCUGCAUUUCCUCUACUGGAUGCCAUGGCCUGGACUCAUGCUGGAAUCCUACUAAAGCACAAGCAAAGCUUCCUGGUUGGCUGCGCCUCCAUCUCUGAUGUCGUGGCACAGAUUGUUUUUGUGGCUAUCUUGCUGCACAGUCAUUUGGAGUGUGUGGAGCCAUUGUUGAUUCCCAUCUUGUCUCUGUACAUGGGAGCUCUGGUGCGUUUCACCAUUGUUGGACUGGGCUACUACCGAAACAUUCACAACAACAUCCCAGAAUCCAGCGGCCCUGAGGUUGGGGGAGAUGCCACUAUUAAAAAGAUGCUGAAUUUCUGGUGGCCCCUGGCCCUGAUCUUAGCCACACAGCGGAUCAGCAGACCCAUCGUCAACCUGUUUGUGUCCCGUGACCUGAAAGGCACCGUUGCAGCCACUGAGGCAGUUGCAGUUUUGACAGCCACAUAUCCUGUGGGUCACAUGCCGUACGGCUGGUUGACUGAACUCCGUGUUAUCUAUCCUGCCUUUGACAAGAACAACCCAAGCAAUAAGUUGGCAAACUUUGGUACGACGGUCUCCAAGUCGCACAUCAAGCGUUUCACGUUUGUCUGUUUGGCUCUGUCGAUCACGCUCUGUUUCGUGGUUUUCUGGACACCGCACAUCUCUGAGCGGAUCCUGGUGGACAUCAUAGGCGUGGACCAUGCCUUUGCUGAGCGCUGUGUUGCCCCCUUACAAAUAUUUUCUUUCUUUCCUAUUCCAGUGACGGUGCGUGCUCACCUGACUGGCUGGCUCAUGACCCUGAAGAAAACCUUCGUCCUGGCUCCGAGCUCUGUGCUGCGAAUCAUCGUUCUCAUCACCAGCCUCGUCGUGCUGCCCUACAUGGGACAUCAACAGGACUGGAACGCCAGUGUACUGAGAGAAAGGGUUAAAGAACGGCAUGUCGGCAAAGGUGCAUGGAGCUACUCUGGGGGUUGGAUCUCUCUUAGCUGGCUUCCUCGGAGAGUCUACAAUGGUGGCGAUUGCGGCCUGCUACGUCUACCGGAAGCAGAAGAAGAAGAAAGAUUGUGAUGGGGAGGUGGCCAUCGAGGGAGAGGACUCGGCUCCUAUGAACGAGGUGCGCUCCGGCCGCCGGAUAAAUGACGUCGUUGAACUGAAGGAGGAGGACGAGGAAGAAGAGUGACCUGGUGAUUUUUAGGAGACGUCAGCCUCAUGCGCAUUCCUCCUGGUUAUGUUCAGUGCUUGUGGGAGGACGUGUUGAGGGGGGGAUCCAGGGAUUUUUUUGCUUUGCAGGGCAGUGUUUUAAUCGCUUACUGCCCCUGUUGCUGCUCUUUCCACCUGUGCAGUGUGCACAUGGAGUAUGCUUGAAAAGGGAGCCGUAGUUAGAAAUCACGAAAGACAGAAAGGACACACAUUCCUAUUGUAUUAAAUGUCAUUCAGCCACACACACGUGUGUGUGUGUGUGUGUAUGUGUGUGUAUCUCAGUAGAUGUUUUUCAGCUGUUGUCGGGAAUCUCUACGUGACGGACAGUCAAGAUAUCGAUUUGUACCAAAGCUACUUGUCGCGUGUUAACUGCUUUUCAUCAGUGCUCUGAGCUCAACUGUGCUGCCGUCCUAAACGUUUAUGAACCCUGAUCUGGAAAGAAAAUACAAAAAUAUUACACACGCGCACACACACACACACACACACACACACAGUAACUUCAUCUUCUUGGAAUGUGAAUAUCUUUUGGUUGUUAUUUUUUAUCUCGCAUACACUGCAGAAAGUGAAGAGAAGAUAUGAAUUUUCCAGGAACUCUAAACCCGAAUGUUGCUGCACAGCCGAGACCUUUUAUGCUAGAAAUGUUUCAAAUAGAGUUAAUUAUACAGUCGCACACAAAUAUACAUCUUUACAUGGUCAGAUUUUUUUUUUUUUUUUAAAUCAGGUUGGAGUGUGUAUUAGAUUAAUAACAUGAGUAAAUGAAUAAGGAAAUGGCUUCAGAGUGACAAGUGGGUGAAGUGUGCGGGCCAUUUUAGAGGCACUAUUUUUUAAUAUGCAAUGUCAUAGAUGUAUAAACUCUGGUACCUUUUUGUAUGAGUGAUGUGAAGUCUGUAUUUGGUGGGAAAGGGAAGGAGGAUAUCGCUGUCCGUUUGCUUUACAUGCUCAUGUCUGUUGCAGUAUUUUAAAAAGAAAAUAACAUUUCAUUUGAACAUUUUUUUUUUUUCCUAUUAGACAUUCUGUUCUUAUGUCAUCUGAAAAAAAAAAUAUAUAUAUAUAUAUAUAUUAUAUAAACUAGGUAUGAAAAAUUUGGGAAGAAAUUUUGCUAGUGUUAAUUUCCCCUGUGUAUGGAGACUCUUGGGACACCCUGUAAGCACCAUGAAGUCUGAUUGAUCAUCCCUUUCCUGUCCUAUACUAUUGUAAUGAUGAUAAAUUUCUGCACAAGUAUUUAUGAUGUCUACGGCAUUCCAGCAUUCGUUUUUUUGAUUUGGUUUGUGAUGACGAGCAAUGUCUGGCCGUGCUCCUUUUAUAUUAAAUAUUACUGCUUGAUCCAAAGCAGAGGAAAUGCACAGUAGACGUUCAGACCUUUUACAGUUGUCCAGUUCAGACGAUGACAGCUUUAUUCCACAAUGAUUAAAGGGUGACAAUGUAACCACA